GAGCAAGCGAGCGAGCUCUAGGGCUGUGGCGAUCUCUCGAUAAGCCACCUAGAGGCGACUCAGUGCGCGCGCUCCUCGGUGGCGCCCGCCCUCCCUCUGAUCAUGUUGACAUAUUCACAGGACAGGCAGUAGUACCGAUGCGGCGCUGCGACGUUACAGUUUCCGACACCUUCUUUUUAUAACUCGGCUCUAUUCCCCCCAGCACUCGACCUGUGAAAACCACGCCUAUGCAGCAACACAAUUGGUCCGAAAGCGUCAAAGAGCCAAUCAAGAGGCCCCCGGCUCCCCGCAGCCCAGAGCAGAGCCCGACCUUCUAGAGCCGCCGAGCAGACGCCCGGGGAAUUCUAGAGGCGGAGGAGGGUGGCGAGCAGCUCCGGCUGGCUGGCUCGCUCCCUCCCUCUCCGCGCGCUCCCUCUCCUGCUCCGUCUCUCUCUUUCUCUCUCUCCCUCCUUUCCCAUUUCCCCCCCUCCAUCCUCCCUGCCCUGCGCGUCUGGACGCAGAUUUAGGAAGCGAAUUUGCUCACGUUUUAGGACACGGAAGACGACAGGCGCGAGAGAAGAGCACGGCCGGACUCGGACUGGAACCCAGACACCCUCCGGAGGCUCGGAGCGGAGGCAGGAGGCGGCGGCGAACGGAAGCCAGCGUGCAGUGCAAGUUGUGAUAGCGCUGCCCGAAGAGGGCUUAAAUCAGAGAUUUUUUUUUUUUUUUUUAAAGGAGAGAGACUUUUUCUGCCCUCUCGCCGGCGGUUCCAGCCGAGUCCAGCGCAACGGCAGGCGCCUCCUGCGAGAAAGAGGGAGAGGAAGAGAGAUAGGGGGGCGGGGGAAGAAGAAGGAGAAGAAAAGGUAAAAAGUCUCCUAAGAGAACCGUUUGCAGUUGCAACAAAGAACUAGGGGCUGGGGCGCGGUCCCUGGGACCCAGGGCCGGAGUGUCCAUUUCGAGCAGAGCGGCAGGGCUCGGGCGCGAGUCGAAAGCCUGCUCGCUCCCGUCGCCUCUGAAACCGACUUGCAGGAGCGGCUUUUUAAAAACGCAAGGCACAAGGACAGUCACCCCAGCGGCUAUGUCUCCCAAUUGUCCUCUUUAAAAGCGGCGUUCCCCCCAAAAGACACUCACUCCCUCUCCCUUUGAGGUGCUGUCGUUGUGAUUUUUUUCUUUCUUUUUUCCCCUCUUUUUGCUUUUUUUUUUUAAACUAUGCGCUGCUGUUAAAAGACAAAAACAAAACAAAACAGCAGCUGCGGACUUGUCCCCGGCUGGAGCCCAGCGCCCCGCCUGGAGUGGAUGAACCUCUCCAUGAGAGAUCCGGUCAUUCCUGGGACGAGCAUGGCCUACCACCCGUUCCUACCUCACCGGGCGCCGGACUUCGCCAUGAGCGCGGUUCUGGGUCACCAGCCGCCUUUCUUCCCCGCGCUGACUCUGCCUCCCAACGGCGCGGCGGCGCUCUCGCUGCCGGGCGCCCUGGCCAAGCCGAUCAUGGAUCAAUUGGUGGGGGCGGCCGAAACCGGUAUCCCUUUCUCGUCUCUGGGGCCCCAGGCACAUCUGAGGCCUCUGAAGACCAUGGAGCCCGAAGAAGAGGUGGAGGAUGACCCGAAGGUGCACCUCGAGGCCAAAGAACUUUGGGAUCAGUUCCACAAGCGGGGCACCGAGAUGGUCAUUACCAAAUCCGGAAGGCGAAUGUUUCCCCCAUUUAAAGUGAGAUGUUCCGGGCUGGAUAAAAAAGCCAAAUAUAUUUUGUUGAUGGACAUUAUAGCUGCCGAUGACUGUCGAUAUAAAUUUCACAAUUCUCGGUGGAUGGUGGCGGGUAAGGCUGACCCUGAAAUGCCAAAGAGAAUGUAUAUUCACCCCGACAGCCCGGCCACCGGGGAGCAGUGGAUGUCCAAGGUUGUCACUUUCCACAAACUGAAACUCACCAACAACAUUUCGGACAAGCAUGGAUUUACUUUGGCCUUCCCAAGCGAUCACGCAGCGUGGCAGGGGAAUUAUAGUUUUGGUACUCAGACUAUACUGAACUCCAUGCACAAAUACCAGCCCCGAUUUCAUAUCGUGAGAGCCAAUGACAUCCUGAAACUUCCAUAUAGUACAUUUCGGACAUACUUGUUCCCUGAAACUGAAUUCAUCGCCGUGACAGCCUACCAGAAUGAUAAGAUAACUCAGUUAAAAAUAGACAACAACCCUUUUGCGAAAGGAUUCCGGGACACUGGAAAUGGCAGGAGAGAAAAAAGAAAACAGCUCACCCUGCAGUCCAUGAGGGUGUUCGAGGACAGACACAAGAAGGACAAUGGCACCUCGGAUGAGUCCUCCAGCGAACAGGCAGCCUUCAGCUGCUUUGCUCAGUCCUCCUCCCCAGCUGUCUCCACCGUUGGGACAUCCAACCUCAAAGACCUGUGUCCCAGCGAGGGUGAGAGCGACGCCGAGGCCGAGAGCAAAGAGGAACACGGGCCAGAGGCUUGCGACGCGGCCAAGAUCUCCACCACCACGUCGGAGGAGCCAAGCCGCGACAAGGGCAGCCCCGCGGUCAAGGCGCACCUCUUCGCGGCGGAGCCCGGCGGCCGGCCCCGGGACAGCGGGCGGCUGGACAAGGCGUCGCCUGACUCGCGCCACAGCCCGGCCACCAUCUCGUCCAGCACCCGCGGCCUGGGCGCGGAGGAGCGCCGGAGCCCAGGUCGAGAGGGCGCGGCCACAUCCAAGGCCGAGGAGGCGCGCUCUCUGCCGGCCAAGGAAGCCUUCGCGCCGCUCACGGUGCAGACGGACGCGGCCACCGCGCACCUGGGCCAAGGCCCCCUGCCCGGCCUCGGCUUCGCCCCGGGCCUGGCUGGCCAGCAGUUCUUCAAUGGGCACCCGCUCUUCCUGCACCCCAGCCAGUUCGCCAUGGGGGGCGCCUUCUCCAGCAUGGCAGCCGGCAUGGGGCCCCUGCUUGCCACGGUGUCCGGGGCCUCCACUGGCGUCUCGGGCCUGGAGUCCACGGCCAUGGCCUCCACAGCCAUGGCCUCCGCCGCCGCGGCACAGGGACUGUCGGGGGCGUCUGCGGCCACUCUGCCCUUCCACCUCCAGCAGCACGUCCUGGCCUCUCAGGGCCUGGCCAUGUCGCCUUUCGGAAGCCUGUUCCCUUACCCCUACACCUACAUGGCCGCCGCCGCCGCCGCCUCCUCCGCCGCGGCGUCCAGCUCGGUGCACCGCCACCCGUUCCUCAACCUGAACACCAUGCGCCCACGCCUGCGCUACAGCCCCUACUCCAUCCCGGUCCCGGUCCCGGACAGCAGCAGCCUGCUCAGCGCCGCCCUGCCCUCCAUGGCGGCGGCCGCGGGGCCCCUGGACGCCAAAGCCGCGGCCCUGGCCGCCAGCCCGGCCUCGGUGGCCGUGGACUCCGGCUCGGAACUCAACAGCCGCUCCUCCACCCUCUCCUCCAGCUCCGUGUCCUUGUCGCCCAAACUAUGCCCCGAGAAAGAGGCGGCCACCAGCGAACUGCAGAGCAUCCAGCGGUUGGUCAGUGGCUUGGAAGCCAAGCCCGACAGGUCCCGCAGCGCGUCCCCGUAGACCCUCCCCAGAGAAGUCUCUUCAUUCCAGUCACGUCUGCAGUGCACUUUGUUGGGUAUAAAAUAAACGACGGGCGUGCAGUUUGGUUAGCCCUGCUUCGGGCAGUCCUGUCUGGGGAGGGGUGCUGACCCCCUGGAGGGAACGUGCUAGAAACAAGCCCUGUCUUCUUGGCGUGGUUAUUUACCCGGGGUCUGGCUCGGAUUCUGGGGGCUCAGAAACCUAAGUUGCGUUGAGUCGUUGGGGGCGGGAGUUGAAACGAGUCUGUCCACAGCAUCCCCCAGGCGAGGUUGGUCUGGGAGCCUGGGAAGGAAAAAAAAAAAAGAUAGCCAGGCCCACCGGGAG